AACUUUCUGUCUAUUUUAUUAAUUAUAGGCGGUGUAGAAACAAACCCCGGCCCCUCUACCUCAAGUUAUAUGUGUCCCAUAUGCGACAAACCAUGUGACUGGGGACAAAGAGCCAUUGCAUGUGAUGAAUGCAACCAUUGGUACCAUGCAACAUGUACGUGGGUGGACUCUGAGGAAUAUUUAUUUCUAUCCAACGAGUCUGUCUCAUGGUACUGUGUAGUUUGCAAUGCCCCAAAUCAUUCAACUGUAUUGUUCGACUCAAUUGACUCUGCUGAUAGUAAUACCUUUUCAGUUUUGUCAUCAAGAGAUACUAGUAAUGCAGACCCAAACUAUAGCAGUUUAUCAGAUACCAGCUUUGGGGAACCUAUGGCAUCCUCAUCAUUAACGCGGCCAAAACAACAACAACGAGGAAAUGCGCGGCGGAAUCUUCGUAUUCUUGUUACCAACUUUCAGAGUUUUAAAAAUAAACGCAAUGAUCUCCAAGUCAUGAUUGAAUCAACAAAGCCCGAUGUUAUCCUUGGGACCGAGACUUGGCUGAGUGAUACGAUAUGUACAUCAGAAAUAUUCCCUCCUAAACUUUGGUAUGAUGUGAUACGUAGGGACCGGGAUGGGGAUGCACAUGGUGGUGUUCUUAUAGCAGCUACAACUGAACUCGGCCUGAAUCAUCUUCACACCAGUAAGGACUCGGAACUCAUAGCCGAAAGAAAGUGAUA